ACUUUUCCAUCAUAAUCAUCAUUUGCCUUCUUUUUCUUCAACUUUUUCUCUGAUCAUUACUUACCUCCAAAAGAAUCAAUCAAAUGGCAACACCAAAUGGAUUUUUCUUGGCUACAAUAGUUAUCUCUUGCUUGUUGGGUUCUAAUCAUGGCUUUGAGUUUUUCAAAGACCUUAAAAACACCCUUGUUGUCACUGCUACCCCUUCUUCAAAAGAAGUUCUUAAAGCUGGUAUUGACAAUAUUACCAUAACAUGGGGAGUUAACCAGACUGGAGUUGACUCGGCCUAUAAGACCAUCAAGGUGAAGUUAUGCUACGCGCCGAUCAGCCAAAAGGACCGCGCCUGGAGAAAAACUGAGGAAGAGUUAGAGAAAGACAAGACUUGCCAAGUUAAAAUUGUUGCUAGGCCUUACAACGCUGCUAUCAAGAAGGAAACUUUCACAUGGACAAUCGAACGUGACGUGCCUACUGCUACGUACUUCGUACGCGCCUAUGCUCAUGACGCUAAUGACCAUGCAAAGGCUUACGGACAGAGCACAGAUGUUCACAAGACUACUAAUCUUUUCCAGAUUCAGGCAAUCACCGGACGACAUCUGUCGCUUGAUAUUGCAUCAGUUUGCUUCAGUGCUUUCUCCAUUAUAUCCUUGUUUGGAUUCUUCUACAAUGAGAAGAGGAAGGCCAAAAACUCUCAAUCUAAGUGAAGAAAUUAAAUUUGUCCAAUUUUAUAAGCUUACCAAUGGAUUAAUUGGGUUUGCAUGGUUUUAAUUUGUAUGUUUCUUGUAUUGCAUAUUAGGGUUUCACAUAUUUGAUUUGUCAGUUCAUACUUUUGUAAUGGGGAAAUGCUUAAUCUUUCUUGUUUUACAAGCAAUGUCUGAGAAAGUUUAUUUAACUUCUGCUGAUUGUGUAAUAUGUUCAAUAAAAAUGUUUAUUGAUUA